ACGUUAGAAAACGGCCCGGGAACGGGAAGUUCUUCGCACGUGACACUGACUCCCCCGCAGCGGCCACGCACACAGGUCCUAUUCUCACUCUCACUAUUACCGGACGGUUCCUGACUCGUCUCUAGGCAUAAACUUCGAGGCAGCAGCGGAAGCCGGGCAUCCCGAGUCCCGACCCAGCCAUGCUGCAGCUGUAUAUAAGCUUAGCCACAACCUUACACACGUCUAAUGAGUGAUAUCAUCAAAGCCUUAGCCAACUGCAACUCUUCUUUUAUUCUGUGACGGUGUAAGCAGCAGAGACAGCAACUCUUAUUGGUUGUUUUUCAAGAGGAAGGCGGAGCGGCGUGCGGCACACGGUCUCCCGAAGCUGCUGUUCUGUGAUUGUCACAUGUGGGCAGUACCGCUGUAAUGGCUGUGUGCUGUGUAAGUACUUGACAGAAGAAGACCCUACUGGUUGUCAUGGGUCUACCCAUUUGCUGACUUAAAUCCAUUAUGGACACCGCACAGGCUACUUUGUGUGACACGUUUCAGCACCACUUUUUAUGCUGCAGACGUAUUGGAUCCUUACCAUGGAAGGAACUGGAACAACUGCUGUUACUGCAGCCAUCCUUUGUUUUGGCUAUUCUGGAAAAGACCAUUAAUCAUCCUUUGGCCCGAAAGCACCCUUCAUCAUUGCAAUACAGAAGAUUUUUCUUGUCAGAGUUAAUAAAAAAGGUGGUAAUUUAUGCAAAACAUGAGUGUACAGGAGCAGAACCUCUGGAUGAUUUAUAUUGUGCACUGGCUGAAGUGCUAAACUCUGAAGACACUACAGUCUGCUACAAGAGUUACUGUUUACCCUCAGGGGAUGCUGUAACAUUAUCUGAAAAUAUUGCAAUAAUCUCAGAAGGGACUACCGGGUUAGUGACCUGGGGAGCUGCUCUUUUCUUAGCCGAAUGGGCUGUCGAAAAUAUUGAUAUCUUCAAAAAUCGAACAAUUUUAGAGCUUGGGAGUGGAAUUGGAUUGACCGGAUUGGUCAUAUGUAAGAGCUGUUUUCCGAAGAAAUACACGUUCAGUGACUAUCACCAUAAAGUACUCCAACAGCUCAAGGAAAAUAUCCAGUUGAAUGGUUUUGUGCUGGGUAAAGAUCAUAGUAAUCUGGCUAAGUGUGUAAAAGAAACGGACAGUGCGAAGAAUGACAGUGCCGUUCUUCUCUCAGUAAUUGAGCUUGACUGGGAGACUGCUACAGAAGAACAACUAUCACAUCUUGAAGCUGAUGUGGUAAUUGCAACAGAUGUUGUGUAUGACCCAGAGAUAGUGUUAUCAUUUUCAAACGUUUUAAAGAAGCUUUUUCAAUCUACAAAAGUUGGAAAGAGCCUGGAAGUGUUUGUAGCUUCUACAAUUCGCAACUCUGAAACAUACAUAUUAUUUCAUACAACCUUAGAUGAGGCUGGCCUGAGGUGGCAAGUACUUCCUGAACACAAGAAGAGGAUUUUUGCUUAUGACACAAGCUGCCCUGUUGAAAUUUUGAAAUUGACUUUAAAAAUAUAAAAGGUUUUAGCCACUGGAUCCUUUCUACACGCAUGCGGUCUUCCAGGAAGUUCUUUGUUGUCACUAGAAUUGUGGCUUCAUAUUCCUACAUUCAAUCAUAACUACUCAUUGCAAUGUGCUACAAUCCAACCACAGGCACCAAACCAAUCCACUCAUUCCUCUGAUUAUUUGACACCAAGCA